AUGAUAACCUCAACGGUAGUAUACCUAAUAUUUUUCAUCAGGGUUUCUUAUGAAUUGAAUGAUGGACUGGGUAGAACACCUCAAAUGGGAUGGAAUAGUUGGAAUCAUUUUCAUCGUAAUAUUAGUGAAAAAAUAAUUCAACAAACUGCAGAUGCUAUCGUAGCCUUAGGUCUUGCAGCCGCUGGAUAUCAAUAUGUGAAUCUGGAUGAUUGUUGGCAAUUGACCCGAGAUAGUCAAUGUAUUAUUCAUCCUGAUUCUCAUGCUUUUCCAAGUGGAAUACCAGCUCUCGCUGAUUAUGUUCAUUCAAGAAAACUUAAAUUUGGUCUUUCUUCAGAUGCCGGAUUUAAGACAUGUGCUGGACGACCUGGUUCACUUGGUUAUGAAACAAUAGAUGCUAAUACAUAUGCAUCUUGGAAUGUUGAUUAUUUAAAAUAUGAUAAUUGUAAUACAGAUGGAACUAUUCCUGAAGUUCAAUAUCCAGUUAUGCGAGAUGCUUUAAAUGCUAGUGGACGAUCUAUCUUCUUUUCCAUGUGUGAAUGGGGUGUUGAUACACCUGCAUUAUGGGCAGCUGAUUCUCAUUUGUUUUAUACUUUUUUUGUGCUUGAAAUUGGAAAUGGUGGUAUGACUGAUGCUGAAUAUGUUACACACUUCUCUCUUUGGGCUAUUAGCAAAGCACCCUUACUUAUUGGAUGUGAUGUAACUAAUAUGAGUGCAGUUACUUUAUCUAUUCUAACUAAUCCUGAAGUAAUUGCUAUUAAUCAAGAUCCAUUAGGUAUACAAGGAAAAAAAGUUGCUUUUGCAUCAUCACGAUUCCCCAAUGUAUCAACUGAGAUUGUUGUUGCAAAUUGUUCAACAUCAUCAAAAAUAGAACCAAAACGUCUGCAAUGGAUAUACAAUUCUCAAGAUGGAACAAUUCGAUCAGCACUCAAUCGACGAUGUUUAUCCAUUAAUAAUUGUAGUACAGCUGAAGGAGCUACUAUUGUUUUAAGUGAAUGUCAUAUUAAUGAUUCACAAACACAAUGUCAAGGAAAAAAUCAACAAUGGACUGUUGGGACAGCUGAUCAAACUGUUAUUUCACAAAUGAAUGGAAAGUGUUUGAAUGUCAAUCUUCUGCAUGGACCAAAUGUUGAUGCACAUACAUGGGAUAAACAAGAUUAUCAACAAUGGUUAUGGAAUACUACAGAUGGAACAGUACGAACUAAACAUGAUGGUCAAUGUUUAACUGUUUUACAGGAACUUGAAAUUUGGGCUGGUUCACUCUCAGAUCAUUCACAAGCUGUUGUUUUACUUAAUCGAGGUAAUAGUGGAAGUGAAUCAAUCACCGUCAAAUGGACAGAUAUUGCAUUUCCGAAUGAUCAAGCAGCAAUUGUCCGUGAUUUAUGGGCUCGAAAAGAUCUUGGAAUAUUUAUAGGCAAUUUUACAUCACCAAAUAUUAAUUAUCAUUCAGUGAUGAUGUUGAAAAUUACUACAAUGCGCAAUAAAUAUUAG